UUUGUAUAAUCCGGACAAAUAUACAACAUGCAAUCAAAUUAAUUAAUGUUAACGAUUACUGUAACACAAACAAAUCUAUCACUACAGAAACCGCAGCAAUAAUUGAAAGAAAGAAAACACUCCCAUCAAAAUAAUAGUAAUAAUAAUAAUAAUAAUAAUAAUAAUAAUAUCUCCAUCUUUUCCCCACGUUUCUAUGGUGGUGGUGGCGACGUGUGUAGCAGUUUACAUAACUCUCCCAGUUUGUAAGUUUCACCUGGAGCUUGCAGUAUAAAAACAGAGUCACACAUAUCUGCAUGUAACAUCGCGAUUAUUGUAUGAAAGAAAAAAAGCGAAAAAUAUAUAAAUAUAAAGAUAUAAGGACAAAUUUGAUUAAUUAAUAAAUCUUUCUGAAAUUUUGUGAUUUAAAGUGAUAAUCACACCUCUCGGUCACCAGUAUCAAUCGUAAAUAUUUUUUAUUUAAUUCUGUUUUUCUUGUUUUAAGUGACGAAGUUUUUGGGAAAAAAAAAACAAGAAAAAGAAAGAAAGGAACAAAUGAACUACUCUGUUAUAUUCUCAGAUCAAUAUAUUUUGGAAAAAAAAGAAAAAAGACAAUAGCUCAAAAAAAAAUAUUAAAGAUUAGUAGCAAUUUAUUUCUUUAAAAAAAAAAAAUAUAUAUACGAAAAUAUUAAAAACCUCUACGGACCUCUAUACAUAUCGUUAUCGUCGAAACCCUAUCGUCUUCUUUGAAAAUCAAAUCGAUAAAGGCAAAAAUGAAUAUAUAGACAUAUAAAUAUUGAUAUAUAUUUAUUUAUAAAGGCACAGAACGUAUAUACAAAACACUAGGAUAAAUUUCGAACUUCUUAAUUAGCAAAGCUGAAGAACGGUUAAACAAUCGUUGCUGAGAAACGCCUGAAGCUUUUGAUAGCUGCUUCGACCAUUAAGUUACUUUGAUAACUUAAUAAUAAUAAUAAUAAUAAUAAUAAAAAAGAUCCUGAUAAAUCUUCUUCCGUUGGUGAUCGCCCACCUCGAAACCAGACUAAAUUUAAUACUACCUUGGGGAUUUUGUCCAGGUAAGCAAGCAAGUAAAUAAUUGAUGCAAUCCUAAAUGAGGCCCAUUCGAACAACCCUGUUACUAUUAGCACUAUGUGUGUACGGAGCACUGAGCGUGAGUCGGCAAAAAAGAAGCAUUUUAGAUACGGCCGAAAAUCCGAGCGACCUGCAUGAAGCUUUGCGUGUGCUUGAACGUGAAAGGCGGCGUUUUCAAUUGCAUGCAGCCGACGAGGUACUCCCUCAGGAAGGCAUACAAUUUCAAGAUCAACCUAUCAUAGUUGAUAAUCAAGGUGAUAGCAAUGACGACGUUGAUGAAGAGGAUGAAGAUGAGGAAGAGGAUAGUGAAGAUGCAGGAAGUUUGAAUGAUGCAAAUUCUGAUAACUUGCUCUACUACGGACCGGAACAAGCUCGUGAUGUACAAAGUUUGAUGAGAGAGAUUGAAGAAGACCCUUUAGAACGAACAGGCGAUCGUGACAGACGUUUGAAUUCAUUCGGGCUCUCAGAUGCAAAAGACGAUCUAGCUUUAAAUAAUAGGCCUUCCCUUGAUUCAGAUUAUAAAAGGCUUUAUAAAAAAUAUGCCAAGAAAAUGGCUAAGCGAAAUUACUUGGCGCCAGAAGACACCGCCGCUGUGCAAUCUGCAUUUAACAACUUAACGCCAGAAGAAAUUAAAAAAAUAAUUUUACUCGCCGGCAAUUUGCAAAACGAAGAAGUCGAAACGAAUUUAAACAUGGAUGACUUAACAUCUGAUAAAAAACGGGACCGAAAGCGAGGAAACUUUGAAGAUGCAGACGUCACAAACACGUUGAGUCAUGCAGAACUGCAGGAUUUGAUACAAAACAACGCCAUGUCAGACGAUAUUGAUGAUUCAACAACAGAAGAUGGUUAUCGAAGCAGGCAAUUUAAGAGAGAAAUGGAAAACGAACCAGGAGAUAAUCUUAUUGUUGAUGACCAGUCUAAUAGCGAUUUGAUGGAGAUGAGCAUUAGUGAUCUGGCUAAAUUAGACAAACUACAACGUCUGCAAAAACAAUUCAUGAAAGAUAUUGAGAAUGCUGAGGAUACAAGCUUGAAUGAACAGGAUGAAAAUAAAGAUGAGAGCUAUUUGGAAAAAGACGAUGCUGGAAACGGAUGGGCGCCACAGCAGAGCAGCAUGACAGAAGAUUUAGUUCCUGUUUCUGAUUCACUGCAAGGAGAUGAUGAGGUUGCGGAAGAAUCAUCAGAUUUUAAUGCUGAAAAUCAAGAAAUAGGAACACCAGAUAUAGCCAAAAUCAUCGCUAAACUAUGGAUCAAGCACAAACUAGAAGGAAUGGAAAUAGAUUAUUUGACUGACGCACUCAAAGCUGCAACAGCUUCUCAAACAACGCAGAACACAGAUGAAUCGAUUCCAAGAGAAAUUACUGACCUUCAGAAGGCCAUUAAAGUAGAAAAACUUAUGGAAGAACUAGGAAACAAGGAAAUAGAUUCAGACACAGAAGAUGCCUUGGACAAACUGGCAUUGGAAUAUCUCCGAAGAUUUGAUCGUCGUUCAAAUGAUAUCAAAAGUUCAGUAAACAAGAGAUCUCGGCCGAUUAUCAAAAUGACGGCAAACGAUUUAGAAAACAAUAAAGAAAGCGACUACAUUGACAACCAACAAAACUACCAAAACAAUCUAAUGAACGAACCCCUUAGGAAAAACAUUCAGUUACCUUUACUGUAUGACAUACCAGACAACAGACUUCAAAUGUUACAAGACAACAGAGCAAACAUUCCAUCCACGGAUCUAACAGACAAAAUGCAAUACCCGAUGAUGAGUAUGGAUGAAAAUCCUAGAAUGAACAACAUGGUAGAUGAUGAAAUCUCGUUAGCAAGAAAUUCUUUAUCAAAUGAAGGUGAGAAUGAUGUUGAAGAAGAGGAAAAUAAUGACGACGAUGACGAAGUCGAUAAUGAAGAAGAAAACGAAGAGGAAGAAGAGAUGGACGAUGACGUUGCGAGAUACGAAAAUGCGAAAAGCUUGAAAGAGCAAGAGUUAUCGAACUUGGCAGCAUUAAACGCUGAGGAGGAGAGACAAGAAGAAGCGGCGUUAAAUUUUCGAUUAAUGCUUGAUGAACUGGACAAAGAAAACAAACUUCGGAAUAGACUGCUGGAAGAAGAAGCAGAAGCAGAAGAAGAAGAGGAGGAGGAAGAAGAGGAGGCAGAAGAAGAAGCUGAAGAAAGACGGCGAGAAGAAGAAACUGAAAAAGAAUGUCCACUUUUAUCAAUGACCGGAAAUUGCCAGUUUGCCGAUGUGUUGAAGAUACCUUUCAGUUCAGUCACUCGAGAUCUUUGCAACCGACACGCAAUGUGUUAUAACUGCGGUUCUUCAAUGCGGUUAGGACCAACAGUAUGUGACCGAGGCUUCCUUGCCGAUUCAAUUAAAUCUUGCGACAACGAUAUUGAAUGCAUGCGGGAAGCGAACACAUUCCUUAGUUUGAUGAAAGUAGCUCAUAAGUACAACAGCACGCCGAAUCGCCUUUGCGAGAAGCCGUGCGUACGUGACUACGUGAUCGGCCUGUGAUACGACGAUGACGACGGCGACGAUGACCACAACAAGAACAACAACAACAACAACAGCAACAACAACAACAACAACAACAGCAACAAUAAUAUUAGCAAUAUCGGCAACAACAACAAUAGCACGAACAAUGCCAAUCACUGCAAUAACUACAGCGAGAACCAGACCAGAGAAACAAACAGCAUCGACAACAAUGCAAAGCACAUCAACAGCAACAACAACACAACAACAACAACCACAACAACAACAACAACAACAACAAUAACAACAACAAGAAGAUUAACCGCAGCAGCAACAGUAGCAAUGACGACAGCAUGACGGGAACGUUGCGUCUGCCAAGGAAGAUGCUACUACGGUCACCCGAAUAUCCAACUGCUCCGACCCAUCACCAUUACCACCACGUGACCAAAGAUAGACCACGUGAGCAAACACACACACACCACGUGACCAAAAAUUUGAACUGCAAAAUUGAAUCGAUGCCAUUCUGAUCCUGAUUUACAUAAAACUGAAACAAAGAAUUUGUUUAGGGUUCUGUGAUAUUGUUUGGAAAGACAGACGUUAUUGAAUGUAGAGUUUAUGGGAAGGUGUUAGACACACACACACACAGAGGAGUGGUGGAACGACUACUACCGGCCACUACCACCAAUACUAUAACCACCACCACCACCACCACCACCACUACUACUACUACUAGAAACAGCACAAACACUACUAGUAACACCGCUACCAUUACUACCACUGAUGCCACAACCACUGUAAAUACUACUACUACUACUACUACUACUACUACUACUACCGCCACCACCACCACUACCACUACCAACACGAAUACUACUACAACUACCACCACCGCCACUACCACUACUACUACUGAUACUGUCACAAACACAACUACUAACAACUCCACCCUCACCACCAACACCACCACCACCACUACUACUACUACUACUACUACUACUACUACUACUACUACUGCUACUACUACUACUAACGUCACAACCACUGUUAUAACUGCUACCACCAACAUGACAAUCACCAAUACAACAAACGCUACACCUCCUCUCACCACUUCUCCCAAUACCGUAGCUACCAUUGCCUCUACUAUGAACUUCACGACUACUAUCACUACCAACACCAACACCAUGGCCAUCACUACUAAACAGACCCCUUCAGCUACCAAAAUUACUACUACUCCUACAACGACACGACUACCACCACCAUCACCACAACAAUAAGAACAAAAACAACAAUUACUACCACCACCACCCCACUACUACUACUACUACUACUACUACGACUACCAAGGCUACGACAAUCUCUCCCCCACCAACCACAAUCUUUGCUAAUGUUACAAAUAUUAAUACUACAAUGUUUAUCCUGCACCACAACCAGUACCUCACCCACUCCACUACCGCCUCUACCACUACUGCUACUACAACACUACCGCCACCACUACACCCACCACCAACGCCACCGAUAUCUGCAACAUCAUCAGCACCACUUGCAAGCAGCGCCAAUACCAUUAAUAACGCCGAAUCGCAAUACCACCUUCACCACCGACGCCAUUGAUAUUCGUAUUUAAACAGCCAGAGAAGCAGCAGCAGCAGCAGCAGCAGUAACAACAACAACAACAACAACAACAACAACAACAACAUCAACAUCAGCAUAAUCAACAACAACAGUAACAACAUCAACAACAGCAGCAGCAGCAACAUCAACAACAACAGCAGUAACACCACUAAAACAGCACUAACCAGAGCACUAAUGCUCUCCCCCACCCCGAUCACCACCACCACCACCACUAACAGUAACAACAACAACAACAACAGAAAUAUUGUUACUACCAUCAGCAAUGACAACACUAACAAACUCUAACAGCAACAGCACUAACCAGCUAUACUACAAGUACUACACCAAGAUACACGAGCCAACGUCAACCAGAGGCACCACAAAUUGUAGUUUACUAUUAUUAACUGAUUGACUGAUAGGACCAACAUUCUUCAACAGCAGUAAUACUAAUCCAUAUUACAAACAGCACCAUCAACUAACACUACAAGAACACAAACGAAAACAC